UUAUCUCCUUCAAUCAAUCCCGCCGGGAAUCAUGCCCUAACUUCCCCUUAUUUAUAUCUCCCCACCUCUCCCUUUGGCCCCCCACUCCACAAGCCAUCUAGCUGGAGACAGAGAGAGUUGAAGGAAAGAGGAAAUGGCUUCUCUGGUUAAGAGUUCCGUGUUGUUGGUUGCAUUGAUCUUGUGUUCAUGGCGUAGUGGUGGUGUAGAGGGUACUGUCCCCGUCAAGCCUUCGCCUGCUCCUCGCAGUCGUGUGGCCGUGGAGGGAGUUGUUUACUGCAAAUCAUGCGCUUACAAGGACGUGGACACUCUGGUUGGCGCCACUCCUUUGCUCGGAGCAACCGUCAAGCUGGUCUGCAACAACUCGAGGGUGCCGAUGGUGGUGGAAGGGAUGACAGACAAGAACGGCUACUUCUACAUCGAGUCCUCCAAGGUGAAGGUCACCAGCUACGGCGUCCACAAGUGCUACCUCUAUCUCGUCUCCUCCGCCAAGUCCCCCUGCAACAUCCCCACCAACCUCAAUGGCGGCAUGCGGGGCGCCCCCGUCCUCUUCGAGCGUUCCCUCGGCGGCAAUCCGCCGACGUCCCUCUUCGCCGCCGGGCCCUUCGCCUUUGCCCCGUCCAUCUGCCCCCCCAGCGCAUCCCCUCCCCCCGGUCAUUCUCAUGGCGCCCCAACCCCAACCCCAUCUCCACCUCAUCCUCCUCCUCCACAUCACUGAUGCAUUGGAUCAAAAUGACAUGAAUGAGCCACCGCCACCUCUCAAGUAACUGCUACUACGUACUAUUCAUGCCUUGCUUACAAAUGAAUAAAGAUUGAUAGCAAGGAAUCAAGAGAGGCCAAGGGAGAGAGUUCUAAAUGGGUUUGUUUUAACUGUGGCUUAUUCUGUUGGAUCUAUGUUCUUCUGUUAGAGAGAGAGUUGAUAUGGGGCUUGUUGUAGACUUGUAGUGGGCGUUGGGGCUUCUUCUGUUUGGACUUUGGUCCAUGUUCUUCUUCUGCUUCUGCACUUUCCUGGUUCUACAGAGAGCCAGAAUAGAGGCUUUUCUUCUUUUCCUUUGCUUCUUUAAUGGUGGUGGGGCUGCAAUGGGUAGGAACUUUGGUACUUUGUUGCUUUUCAUGGAUAAAUGGAGUUAUUAUUAGCUAA